AUGGAAAACCGAUUGAAGACGCGAAUCUCUCGCAUGUUUCGUGGCUCAUGCCGGACUCGAAACUUUUCGGAAGUGAUUGAAAAGGCUGUGUUUGUGCCUAAAAACAUUAAAGACUUCCACAUGAUAGAGCCUUUGCCUCCUAAGGCUCUACCUUUCCCUUCUAUUUGCAGACAUAAAUGCCCUGGAGCAACAAACCAAGCCAUCAACCACUCUAUCAUCUCCAGGCAAAAACUUUCAUACCGUUAUCCUCCUUUUAUAUCUGCUAGAGCUAAUGGUCACAGUUCUUGCCCUCCUGCUUCCCCCAUUUUUCCUUUGAAUCCAUUCUAUAAAGAAUUGGGUUUCAAAGAGAAAAAGAAGGGUUGUGGUUCAGGUAAGAACAGGAGUAAGAGCAAGAAGAAGAACAUCACUAACAAGAAAGAUCAGACGAGUCUGUUUAGCUCAUCUUCAAUAGAUAGUGCAUAUUUUGGAGGUAGCUAUUAUUGGUUUAGCAGCGAAGAUGAAGGCAAGAGAGAGGAUGAGUCGGACAACCUUUUCUCUUCAAGAAGUCUUUCUUCAGAAUCAUCAGGAUCUCUCAGGCACCCUUCUUCUCGCCGAAAAAAGUACACUUCUAGGAGGAGAAGGGCCAAAGUGAAGAGUUCUCAAGUGGGUGUUUUGCCAUUAGAUGGGAAAGUGAAGGACAGCUUUGCAGUGGUGAAGAGUUCUAGUGAUCCUUAUAAUGAUUUUAGAAAAUCAAUGGUUGAGAUGAUUGUUGAAAAGCAGAUAUUUGCAGCUAAGGAUCUUGAACAGUUGUUGCAGUGUUUCUUGUCUUUGAACUCUUAUCAUCAUCACAAGAUCAUUGUUGAGGUUUUUAUGGAGAUUUGGGAGGCUUUGUUCUCUAAUUGGUCUUAG